UUCUGUUGUUCACACAGAAUAUCAUGUUGAGACAUUCUCUACAUCCAGAGAACAACAGCAGAAAGAUCAUGGAGCUAAGAGGUCUCACAACUGCCCGCAUUGUGAAGAGAUUUUCCCAUUUCUAUCAAAGCUAAAAAUACACCUAAAAACACACACAGGAGAGAAGCCUUACUCCUGUUCUGACUGUGGGAAGAGUUUCUCCCGAUUGGAUACCUUAAAAUCACAUGUCCGUAUACACACAGGCUGAGAAGCCUUACUACUGCUCUGACUGUGGGAAGAGGUUCUCCCGAUUGGAUACCUUAAAAUCACAUGAACGUAUACACACAGGAGAGAAGCCUUACUACUGCCCUGACUGUGGGGCGAGAUUCUCUCAAAAGACCAACUUAAAAGCACACCAACAAAUACAUACAGGAGGGAAGCGUUACUCCUGCUCUGAAUGUGGAAAAAGUUUCUCCCGAUCGGAUAACUUAAAAUCACAUGAACGUAUACAUACAGGAGAGAUUCCAUACUCCUGCUCUGACUGUGGAAAGUGCUUCAAAACAUCAACUGGGCUAAAAGUUCAUCAGAGAACACAUACAAGAGAAAAGCCUUACUCCUGUUCUGACUGUGUAAAAUGCUUCAAAACGUCAACGGUGCUAAAACAUCAUCAGAAAACACACACAGGAGAGAAGCCUUACUUCUGCUCUGACUGUGGGAAGAGGUUCUCUCGAUUAGAUACCUUAAAAACACACCGUAUACAUACGGGAGAGAAGCCUUACUUCUGCUCUGAUUGUGUAAAAUGUUUCAAAACAUCAACUGAGCUAAACGUUCAUCAGAGGACUCAUACAGGAGAAAAGCCUUACUCCUGUUCUGACUGUGUAAAAUGCUUCAAAACAUCAACUGAGCUAAAACUUCACCAGAGAACACACACAGGAGAGAAGCCUUACUUCUGCUCUGACUGUGGAAAAUGUUUUAAAACAUCAACUGAGCUAAUACUUCAUCAGAGAACACACACAGGAGAGAAGCCUUACUUCUGCUCUGAGUGUGGGAAGGGUUUCUCUCACCAGAGCAACUUAAAAACACACCAACGUAUACAUUAACCUCUCUGCUCUAAGUGGGACCCUAGCGUCCCAUCUGGCCAACAUCCGGUGAAAUUGCAGAGCGCGAAAUACAAAUGUCAGAAAUAGUCAUAAUAAACUUUCAUGAAAAUACAAGUGUUAUAUAUCGGCUUAAAGAUUAACUUCUUGUUAAUCCAGUCGCUUUGUCAGAUUUCAAAAAGGCUUUACGGCGAAAGCAUACCAUGCGACUAUCUGAGGACAGCGCCCUGCUUACAAAAGCAUAUAAACAUUUUCCAACCAAGUAGAGGAGUCACGAAAGUCAGAAAUAGCGAUAAAAUUAAUCACUUACCUUUGAAGAUCUUCAUCUGGUUGCAAUCACAAGACUCCCAGCUACACAAUAAAUGGUCGUUUUGUUCGAUAAAGUCCCUCUUUAUAUAAAAAAAUCUCAGACGAAUACAUGCUAAUAGUAGCGGUAAAGUUCGUCAAAACAUGUCAAACGAUGUUUAUAACUAAUCCUCAGGGUGUCAAUUAUCUAAAUAAUCGCUAAUAUUUCAACUGGACAAAAGUGUUUUCAAUAGAAAGGAAAAAGAACAAAGAGCGCGCAUAGUCACGCGCGUAAACCAGUACUGCAUGACUUCCCAGUCCCCUGACAGAAAGAUCUCAUUCUUCUUCAUUUUUCAGAAAACAAGCCUGAAACCAUGUCUAUAGACUUGACAGUGGAAGCCAUAGGAACUGCAAUCUGGGCCCUAACCCAUUACAUAGACGAUUGGCUGUCAAUGGAAAACCACUCACAUAAAAAAAAAAUCCUAGGGUUUUCCUAGGGUUUUUGCCUGCCAUAUCAGUUCUGUUAUACUCACAGACAUUAUUUUAACAGUUUUAGAAACUUUAGAAUGUUUUCUAUCCAAUCCAAUUAUAUGCAUAUCCUUGCUUCUGGGCCUGAGUAACAGGCAGUUUACUUUGGGCACCUCAUUCAUCCAAACUUCCGAAUACUGCCCCCUAGACCGAACAAGUUAAGGAAAAAAGCCUCAUUGGUUCUCUGACCAGCUAAGAAUAAAGUCACUCCAUCACUUAAUUCUCAUCUCAUAAAAUACGUUUUAAAGUUGAAUUGGAUCAAAUGAAGAAAGCGUAGAACACUGUAAUCCUAUUGUUUCUCACUGUGAGAGAACUGUACAGAGGAAAGGAAGCGUUAUAGAAUGUUAGCCUCUCUUUACUGAUCAGUGUGCACCUUGUCAGUUUUAGUGUGUUUUGUUUUGUUAGCUUCGACUGUAAAGAUUUGCCCUUAGUGUUGAAUACCCUCUGUGAGGCUUCUCAUUUUGAAAACAAACACUAGUCUGCCAAUUGACAGGGUGGUACUGCUUCCCUCUCAGCCUGGUCUGACUCUGUCUGUGGGGAGAGUUUCAACUGGGCAGCUUAAAAACACACCACCAUUUACACGUAGCAGAGAAGCCUUACUUCUGCUAUGUGGAAGGGUGGGCGUGUAACUCAAACGUCUAGCCAAAGGCUGCGUGUUUGAAUCUCAUCACGGAGGACUUUAGCAUUUUAGCUAAUUAGCAACUACUUACUACUUUUUAGCUAUUACUUAGCAUGUUAGCUUAGCAUGCAACUACUUAGCAUGUUAACUAACCUUUCCCCUAAACCCAUUUAACUCUACCUUAAAGCCCUCACCCCUAACCUAGCUAACUUUAGCAACAACAAAUUGGAAUUCGUAACAUAUUGUAUGAAUAGCAAUGCGUAAAAUAACAUACAAAUUGUCAUUUGUAACAUACGAUACAAGUCGUAUUAUACUGAACCAAAAUCUAAACACAGCAAUUUCAAAUGAAUGGGCAGGGGCUAUAAGCAAAUCAGCCCCCCCCAAAAAAAUUCUCUAAAAGGACGUUAGAGGUGCCUUAUGGUAGAGAUAUAAAUAUUGAGUUCUCUGGCAACAGCUCUGGUGGACAUUCCUGCGGUCAUCAUGACAAUUACACAUUCCCUAAACUUGAGACAUCUGUGACAUUGUGUUGUGUGGCCUUUUAUUGUCCCCAGCACAAGGUGCACCUGUGUAAUGAUCAUGCUGUUUUAUCAGCUUCUUGAUAUGCCACACCUGUCAGGUGGAAUGAUUAUCUUGACAAAGGCUGAAAUGAUCACUAACAGGGAAAUAAACAAAUUUGUCCACAACAUUUCUGGAAUUUAUUAUUUCAGCUCAUGAAACCAACACUUUACAUGUUUCAUUUAUAUUGGUAGGCCAACGUAACAUACUAAAUGGAGUGGCACGGAUGUUUUUGUAACAUAAAGUACAUUUUGCUCUGAGACCAGGUUGUCCCUCUGCAGUAUUCUGUGGGAAUGAGCUAGUAGAUACUUUUUUAAAAUAUUUUUUAGUUAUUGAACCUUUAUUUAACUUGGCAAGUCAGUUAAGAACAAAUGCCUAUUUACAAUGGUGGUCAAGGAACAGUGGAUUAACUGCCUUGUUCAGAGGCUGAAUGACAGAUUUUUACCUUGUCAGCUCGGGGAUUCGAUCUAGCAACCUUUUGGUUACUGGCCCAAUGCUCUAACCACUUGGCUACCUUCCACCCCUAACAUGUAUCAGAUAGAGAUGGUGUGAUGAUCACUUUUCACCAUUAGUUUGGGGGGAUUGUUUUACAAUUUUAUUUAAUGAUACACAGCUUUAGAAAUUAAUACAUGUGUUUAUUAAUUGUCUUUACACUAGAUUCGUUAUUUUAGUUACUGAUCAUGAAUGUGUUUGGAUAACUGCAUUGAAGCAAACUUUAUUGAUCUGCCAAUGAAAAAUAAAGUUACAUGAAUAUGUA